CUUCUUCCUCAUAAACCCUAGUUUCAUUUUUCUUGAAUAAUCGAACACUCUCAUCAUCACUGGUUCUUUGAGCUCUCUGCUUCUUCUCAUGUUUUCUUUAAUAAUCCAUGGAAGAAGGUCUGUGGAAUUGCAGAAAUGGCGUAAUUUAAGAGUUUCAUUGAGUAUUUUGCAAAAUGCAUUUGCUUUUACCACCAAAUCGUUCUCUUCUGCAAUAGCUAAAGAUGUGAGUCCAAAGGGAACAACUUUCACUGUCACUUAUCUAGUUGAAUCAUUGGGUUUAACUAAAAAACUUGCAGAAUCAAUCUCAAAGAAAGUAAGUUUCGAAGACAAGGUAAAUCCGGAUUCUGUUCUGAAUCUUUUUAGAAGUAAUGGGUUUAAAGAUUCUCAGAUCUCUAGGAUCAUUAGGGCUUACCCAAGAUUGCUUGUAAUUGAUGCUGAGAAGUCUCUUCGUCCAAAGCUUCAGUUUUUAAAGUCUAGAGGAGCUUCAAGCUCUGAGGUCACAGAAAUUGUUUCGAAUGUUCCUACAAUCUUGGGAAAGAAAGGGGAGAAAUCUAUUAGCUUGUACUAUGAUUUCGUUAAGGACAUUAUGGAAGAUGGUAAAAGUUUAGGUCAUUCUUGGCCAGAGGGUAAGAAAGGGAACAAAAUCCGAAAUAUCUCGGUUUUAAGAGAAUUGGGAGUGCCUCAGAAGUUGUUGUUUCCAUUGGUCAUCUCUAAUUAUCAACCUGUUUGUGGUAAAGAAAAAUUUGAAGAAACUCUCAAGAAAGUUGUUGAUAUGGGUUUUGAUCCGACCAAAUCAACGUUUGUGGAAGCUUUGCAUGUAGUUUACAAAAUGAGCGAGAAAACGAUAGAAGAGAAAGUGAAUGUUUAUAAAAGGUUAGGCUUUAGUGAAGUGGAUAUAUGGGCAAUUUUCAAGAAGUGGCCUUUCUUUUUGAAAUUCUCGGAGAAGAAGAUAAUUCUGAUGUAUGAAACACUGAAGAAGUGUGGUUUGGUGGAGGAAGAGGUCAUUUCGGUGUUGAAGACUCGUCCACAAUGCAUACGAGCUUCUGAGCAGAAGAUAUAGGACUCUAUUGAAACGUUUCUAGACUUAGGUUUCAGUAGAGAUGAGUUCAAGAUGAUGGUUAAGCGAUAUCCUCAGUGCACUGCAUAUACUGCAGAGACGGUGAGGAAGAAGUUUGAGGUUUUGGUGAAGAAAAUGAAUUGGCCACUAGAAGAUGUAGUUUUGAUCCCUGCGGUACUUGGAUACAGCUUGGAGAAGAGGAUAGUGCCAAGGACUAACGUAAUCAAAGCUCUCAUGUCGAAAGGAUUGAUUGGUAGUGAAAACCCUCCGAUUUCAUCUGUCUUGGUAUGUACUGAUCAGGAGUUCUUGAAAAGGUACGUGAUGAAGCACGACAAGCUAGUGCCUAAGUUGAUGGCUAUCUUCACCACAGCUCGAGUUUCAUAGUGAAUCUUUAACGCUUGAAUGGAAAGCUGAGGAAGAGGAGUUUUUAUUUUCUAGUGUAUGUCAAUGUCUAAACUGAAAUCCAUUUCUGUAAUCUCAGUUCGACUUGUAUCUGGCCGGUUUUUAAUAUCUGAUUUUGGAAA